GUGGCUGCGGCAGCUGCGGCGGCCCUGAGGUUGGCGAGCUUGGCGGCUACAGGUCCCGCGGCGGCGCCGGCGAGGAACCCGGGCCGCGGGUGGAGGCACAGGCGCGCGGCUGCGGCGCUCGGCGAUGGUGGGCGUCCCUGGAGCGGCCGCCUUCCAGCUUGGUCCUGAGAAAAGGGUUCCAGCAAUGCCUGGGUCGCCUGUGGAAGUGAAGAUACAGUCAAGAUCCUCACCUCCCACCAUGCCACCUCUCCCACCAAUAAAUCCUGGAGGACCCAGGCCAGUGUCAUUCACUCCUACAGCAUUAAGCAAUGGCAUCAACCAUUCUCCUCCUACCCUGAACGGUGCCCCAUCACCACCACAGAGAUUCAGCAAUGGUCCUGCCUCUUCCACAUCAUCUGCACUGACAAAUCAACAAUUGCCAGCCACUUGUGGUGCUCGGCAGCUCAGCAAGUUGAAACGCUUCCUCACCACUCUGCAGCAGUUUGGCAAUGACAUCUCACCUGAGAUUGGGGAGAAGGUGCGGACUCUUGUUCUAGCACUGGUGAAUUCAACAGUAACGAUUGAAGAAUUUCACUGCAAGCUCCAAGAGGCUACAAACUUUCCUCUUCGUCCUUUUGUUAUUCCAUUCCUCAAGGCCAACCUGCCUCUUCUGCAGCGAGAACUGCUGCACUGCGCUCGGGCCGCCAAGCAAACCCCAUCCCAGUACCUGGCUCAGCACGAACACCUUCUGCUCAACACGAGUAUUGCAUCCCCUGCUGACUCUUCUGAGCUGCUCAUGGAGGUGCAUGGAAAUGGAAAGAGGCCCAGUCCGGAGAGGAGGGAAGAGAGCAGCUUUGAAAGAGAUACAAUUCCUCCUGAGCCUCCUGCCAAGAGAGUGUGUACCAUUAGCCCAGCUCCCCGGCACAGUCCUGCCCUCAAUGUGCCCCUCAUGAAUCCUGGGGGCCAAUUCCAUCCUACUCCUCCGCCUCUUCAGCACUACACCUUAGAAGAUAUUGCAACUUCUCACCUGUAUCGUGAACCCAACAAGAUGCUAGAACAUCGAGAAGUUCGUGAUAGACACCACAAUCUUAGUCUAAAUGGAGGCUAUCAGGAUGAGUUGGUGGACCACCGUUUGACAGAAAGGGAAUGGGCUGAUGAAUGGAAACAUCUUGAUCAUGCCCUGAACUGCAUUAUGGAAAUGGUAGAGAAAACAAGGCGCUCCAUGGCAGUCCUACGGCGCUGUCAGGAAUCAGAUCGUGAAGAACUCAACUACUGGAAACGACGAUAUAAUGAAAACACAGAGAUGAGGAAAACAGGGAGUGAGCUGGUGUCCAGGCAGCACAGUCCUGGAAGCGCAGAUUCUCUCAGCAAUGAUUCUCAGCGAGAAUUCAACAGUCGGCCAGGAACGGGAUAUGUACCUGUGGAGUUUUGGAAAAAAACUGAAGAAGCUGUGAAUAAGGUGAAAAUUCAGGCCAUGUCAGAAGUACAGAAAGCUGUUGCUGAGGCAGAGCAAAAAGCCUUUGAAGUGAUCGCAACAGAGAGAGCUCGGAUGGAGCAGACCAUAGCGGACGUUAAACGGCAGGCCGCAGAGGAUGCCUUCCUCGUCAUAAACGAGCAGGAAGAGUCGACAGAGAACUGCUGGAACUGUGGCCGCAAAGCCAGCGAGACCUGCAGUGGCUGCAAUAUUGCACGAUACUGCGGCUCCUUCUGCCAGCAUAAGGACUGGGAGCGGCACCACCGACUCUGUGGCCAGAACCUGCAGGGCCAGAGCCCCCACGGCCAGAGCCGGCCCCUGCUUCCGGGAGGGAGGGGCUCCUCAGCCCGGUCCGCCGACUGCAGCGUACCAAGCCCAGCCCUGGACAAGACCUCGGCAACCACCUCGCGCUCCUCAACACCUGCCUCUGUGACAGCCAUCGACACAAACGGACUCUGAGUCCCAGCCUCACUUCCCCUGAUGACCUCACAGCACAACAGAACACUGCAUGGAGGCUGGCUGUUUAAACCAGUGCAAGUAGCUGUUGGGUCAUCACCAAGGAGUGAAGUAGAGGCAGGAAGACUUCAAGCCCAGCAAACACUGCUCCCCAGCUUCUCCUGUGUGCUUGCCCCAGCUUCCCGUCUGUGUCCUUGGGAGAAUUCAUGUGCAUACAGACAGCUGGCUGGAGCUGCCUCCUCCGUGGCUUCUUGGUUUGUUCCUCUCCCAACUGAAGUUGGCAUGGCCAGCCACUUUUGAGUAUAGACCACCAGCUCCCCUUCCUGCCUCAUGAGGCGACAGACUGUGGAAUGUGCCCAGCCAGGCUGGAGGCAGCUCGCCUCAUGCACUGUCUCCUACUCCCCAUCCUCCGAUGGUGGAGGCCUCCCUCUCACAGAGAGUGGCUCCUCUUGCCCCUGAACAGCUCGUUGAGUCCCAUUUCCACCCUCAGCAGGUGCCACUGAUUGGUCCCAAGGGGACUUGGGCAGGCAAAACGCAGCACUCAGGACUCCUUCCUCAACCCUGCUGUUCAGACUUAGGAUUCUCAGAAACCACAGGAAAGAAGUCAACAUUUCAGUAAAAGCACCCAUAAUAAAAAAUAAAACUUCUGCCAAGCAUCACAGAUCAUUUUGGAUAAGAUUUCCCAACCUGGCUGGCUAUUUUAAUUUGGGACCCAUUUUUUUUCUCUCUUACUUUAUUUUGCUUAUGCAGAAAAUAGUUUUCGGCGCAUGGAUUGGUCUGAGGGAGAAUGCAAUUCAGUUGUGGAUAGUCUGUUCUCUCUGAGCAUGUUGGCCAAACUAGUAUCGUCAAAUUAUCGAAUGGAUCAUCUUUUGGAAAUGCAGAACCUUUUGUCACCGCUUGGCUCUUUGCACAGUCGUCUUUUUCUGUGUCCUUUAUUUCAGACCACACAUGUCCAGAUCACUGUGUGGAUCUUCUUCCCGUGGUCUCUGGCACCUCUGAAGCCACAGUUGGCCAUAGGGUGUGGUGUGGUGUGGCUGCGACUUGCCUCUACAGUCAAUGCCUGGUCACUUCUGAACAGCCUUCCUGGACCUGAAAGAAUUCUUCAGACUUGUCGUUAUAUGUCCUCUGUCAGUUUAUUAUUGGGCAUACAGUCUCAGUUUCCCUUCUCCUGUUUUAUUGAUACCUACCUUCUCUGAGCUAAGAAAAGUUCUGUGAAACGUGACAACCACUUGAGAGCCUGACCAAGUUUUCUUCCUGUCUUCAGGGAGUUUCCAACUGCUUACUUGGCUCUCCAUGAAGAUGGACAUCACCUAUACACCGCUCAAAAUGUUAGGAAGUGCAGUACAUAUUCUUCCCUGCUAGUCCGGUUUUGUUGGGAGCCCAGGGUCCCUGACUCUCCCCAUCUCUAUCUCCAAGCCUCCAGCACCCCUUUUGCUCCAAGGAAUUGGUUGGUAUAAGUUGGUUGGCCCUGCUCCUUCAGGCCCUUGAGAGCUCAGCUUUAGAUGGCCAUUUAAUAUGCAUUGACCAGAGUGAAUUGAAAGCUGUCAGUAAGGUAUCAGCUUAGGUAGCAUUGUCCUUAAAUAUAGGUGUAUCUUACUUUAAGAACUUUAAGUUCCUAAUUUACCUUACCCAAGGAUUUUCUCUCUUAAAAGAAACAAGACACUUUAAAAUACCUGGAUUUCCAUUGCAUAAAGUAAGGUAUCCCCAAGAGAAAGGAUAACAGAAUAGUUACUUUAUUGUGAAACUCAAGCUGCAGCAGUUGGGGUGUCCUAACAGGAAUGAAAUCAGUACCCCAGGCAGGAGUUGCCUACAUUUCCCUGACAUGUGGGAUGUGCCGUGAGAGGUCACAGAGCCUAUAAAUCUGUUGCAGCAAGAGGGUGUCUCGUGGUAUCCACUGGCUCUAUCCUCAGCUCCCUUUUUCACUGGCAAGUUGGAGGAACACCUAGGCAUGUUCUCUAGGUCUUCAGUGGCCACAGGACUAGCCAGAGUGGCUCAGGUUUUUUUCUGGUUGGAAUAAAAAGCUAAAACCAACCAAUUGCUAUUCAUCAAGGCUCAAUAUCAACUUCUGCCGUUAAGGUUUAGGUUUAGUGUGCAGGUCCUAGCUGGCUGUUGUGGGCUGUGGUUCCAGUGACAGCUUGAUUUUUAGAGUUUCUGUAAUGCUAUUCUAAACCGCUUUGCUCAUGAGCUACCCAGAAGCCAAGCUGAAAAUCUAGGCAGUGUUACACACUGUAGUUCAUUUCUCUAAACUUCUGCUGUAUUAACUUGGUCAGUUUCACACAUAGGUUGCUAGGGCAUCUGUCCAAGACUUCCUGUUUAAAUCUAAAGAAUCCCUUUCUCCAGCUCCCUCUUUUCUAAAAUUCACCAGCUCUCUGAUUGGGGGAAGGGAUACUGUUGUAGGGUGGGGAGGCUGAAGGGGCAGGGGUGAGUCUAGGUUCUCCACUUGGUUUCCUGAGUCGGCUGAUACUGCUGUAGCUACCAGGUUGAGGGUGCAAAUACAAGCUUCCCCCUCUCAUCUAGUUAAAUUUAGAUAAUAUAAUCAGACUGCUUAGAGGACCAACCUUUAUAGUCUGAGGGGACAAAAAGGACCUAGUGCUGGUACUAAAGGUAUUGUCAGGGCAGUUACAGGCUCUUUGGUGUUAUCCUAGAAACCAAAAGCAAAUGUGACCUGUACCUGUCCACCUGUCAGAGACCAUCUGGAGGGUGAGGCCAGUGCUCAGCACCACCCACUGAGGGACACAGACGAGUGAUGGGCCAUCAUUGUCCUCUGCCCAGUGAGGAAUGGUUGCAGGAAUCAGAGAAGACCAGAAGUGGCCCACAUGGGAGCUGUCUUUAAAUGUUCUGAGGGAAGCUUGAGGGCUGGAUCCUUGUGUCUUCAAUUGUCCUUUGGGGCCCCACUGCCUGCACCAAGCCUGACUCCACCCAACAGUGAAAAUACUCAGGUUAAUUCCACCUUCUCGGGAGUAGGCAGCCCUCCUCAUGAGCUGUGAGCACUCCACUUGGGAGUGUCCUUGCAGCUCCCAGGAUGGAACUCGAGCAGAUCUGCUCAGACAGUCAUGUGACCCUGGGCUCACAGAGUGAGUGGAUCUUCUCUUGAACAGUACUGAGUCAUGUAUGCCUCUCAACGGAUCUAAGUCUAACUUGGGGAGACAGGACACAUCUCCCCAGGAUGGGUCCAUGCCUGGCAUUGGUUGCAGUGUGGAUGACCUUUGCACAUCUGGGCCAGUUGGUCCACUAGGAGCUCCUCACUUCUUGGUGUCAACGUGAGCAUCUUCACCUUCUAGACAGAAAAUCUACACUUUACUUUGUACAGCCUUGUCCCAAAGUUGAAUUGAUCCCCAGUGCUGUCACCUACUUGCAAAGCGUAGACCUUGUCCUGGGUAGUUCCAGACGAUAUCUCAGCAAGUGGGUUUGAAGGUUCAGCAGCACAGUUGGAAUUGUAUGAUCAUGAGUUCUUCAGGAUGAAAGCAUCAGUGAUGACCAGGUAGCCAUUUGUCCUGGAAACUGCAGAUGGCAUUAUUGAUUGAAUAAAUCAUUUAAAAUAGAACUCAGCUUGGAGGCUUUCUCCAGGCUCCUGGGUCAGUAGACCAAGCCAACUUUCUUAGAUUUUUCUUUUUUAAUCAUUUACAGAGAACUGGGUGGUGGCAUGUUUGAACCAAAUGUAAGAAAAGCCAAGGGACCUGGACUGUUCCAGCAUAGGCCAGGCUGCCAGCUGUCCGGGAGGAGUCCUGCCCGAAGUGGGGCAGGGUACCAGGUGAGCUACUGAAUGAGGCCCUUCCAACUCUUGAGUGUCUGUAGUUCUUGUGAAACCAAAACAUUGACUACCUGCCUCUUUGCCCACGUGCAUUGAUGUGCUCAAUUCCAAAGAUGAUGGUGCAGGCGACCUUUUCCAUCAUGAGCCAGGAGAAGGGUAGGAGGCCUGAGGGGGGACCUUGCAUCCCCACUUGGCCCCCACAGCCCCAGAGAUGGAGCUUCCCCUGCUACCCUAUCUGGUCAGGCCCGCAACUGCCCAGUGUACACUCAUUGAUGCUUAUACCAAAUAGGGCAUAUGCAGCUGGUGGCCGGCAGGGACAGUUGGCAGAGAGGAGCGGCAGUGAGCAUUAGGUGAAUGGUUGAAAGUGCUGUUUGGCUGUGAGGCCUUCUGUCUACUUUCACAGCUUUCCAAGUUCCUGAUGAGGCUACAAAAGCUCCGUUCGUUUAAAAAAAAAAAAAGCCAAUAAUGUAAAUAAAUCAAAACUAAGCCUCCAAGUGUGGUUUUUGGUUUUUGAACGGGAAUGAUGAAUGUGAAACCACCCACAGGAUGCAGUAGAGUCAGUUCCUCUGUGCUUUGUCAUUUUACUCUGAUAGGAACUUUUGUUACUUAACUCUGCAUAACUUAUUUAAUGUACUGUAUAAAGGAACCAAAACUGUUAAAUAUGUAUUUAGUUUGUUCUACUUAAAGUAGUCAAUAAAAAGGCUAUAUUCCUU